UCUUGCUUUUAUUUCCCUCUGGCACAUACUCGAAACCCUCCCUUUCUCUUUAUUUUUCUUUUUCUUUCUUUCUUUAUUUUUCCUGAAAAUCUGUUUCCGAAACCCUAAUAUCAUAUCAUCCUCUCUUUCUCAUUCGAUUCCCGGCGAUAAUCGAUCGAAAAAAAGCUGUUAUUUCUCGCGUAUUUUCUCUCAUUUGAUCAAUUUUCUUCGAUUCUCCCUUCAAUCGGUUCCAAUUUAUCUCUGCCAUCUGCAAUCUUGGGUUUCAGUCGGAAUCUAGGGGUUUUUUUUUUAUCGGCAUGAGAUUUGAUGGAUGAAGGAGGAUGCGGGAACUGCGUAGCGGAGUGCGCAGGGGCCGUGUGCAGCAGCAGCAGCCGAUUCCAAUCGGAGGCGAGAGAUUGACGGCGAGGACACGGCGCAGGCGGAGCGUGAAGAACAGGCAGGAUCAGGAGCCGGCAACGGCAGCGGCGGCAGUUGAUGUGAAUAACAACAUCGCGAGGGAUUUUGGUGGUCCGACGAGAUCUUUCGAGGCGAAGGAGGAAGCUAGAUUUUUGGAAGGCGGAGGCGAUUUCGGAGGACUGGAUUUGGUUGGGGAGGCCAAGGAAGGCGUUGGUGAGAAGAAGAUGGAGGACUUUGAUAGCGGAGCGAGGAGCGCCGAGAAAGUUCCGGCUGCGGAAGACGAGGGGAGCACUGCCCCACUCCCUGAAAAGGUCCAGGUUGGUGGUUCGCCAAUGUACAGAAUUGAAAGGAAGCUUGGGAAAGGUGGUUUUGGACAGGUGUAUGUGGGGCGCCGAAUUUCUGCUGCCCCUGGUGGCAUAGAUAGGACUACUGGCCCUGGUGCUAUAGAGGUGGCUCUAAAAUUCGAACAUAGAAGUAGUAAAGGAUGCAAUUAUGGCCCCCCUUAUGAGUGGCAAGUCUACAACAUUCUUGGAGGUAGUCAUGGUGUGCCUCGGGUCCACUUCAAAGGCCGGCAAGGGGACUAUUAUGUCAUGGUUAUGGACAUGCUGGGGCCGAGCUUAUGGGAUGUUUGGAAUAAUAACUCUCACACAAUGUCCAUUGAAAUGGUUGCUUGCAUUGCUAUCGAAGCAAUCUCAAUAUUGGAAAAGAUGCAUUCUAGAGGAUAUGUGCAUGGGGAUGUCAAACCAGAGAACUUUUUGCUUGGUCCCCCAGGCACUUCCGAAGAGAAAAAACUCUUCCUUGUUGAUCUUGGAUUAGCAACUAAAUGGCGAGACAAUUCAAGUGGCCAGCAUGUUGAGUAUGACCAACGGCCUGAUGUUUUUAGGGGAACUGUGCGUUAUGCUAGCGUUCAUGCCCACCUGGGAAGAACUGGAAGUAGAAGAGACGAUUUGGAAUCUCUUGCUUACACCCUCGUUUUUCUUCUUCGUGGUCGCUUGCCUUGGCAAGGAUACCAGGGAGAGAACAAAGGUUUCCUUGUCUGUAAAAAGAAAAUGGCUACAUCUCCAGAGACUCUUUGUUGCUUCUGCCCCCAGCCAUUUAGACAAUUUGUUGAAUAUGUUGUAAACUUGAAAUUCGAUGAAGAACCUAACUACGCAAAGUACAUUUCUCUCUUUGAUGGGAUAGUGGGACCAAAUCCAGAUAUCAGACCCAUUAACACAGAUGGUGCUCAGAAGCUUAUUUACCAGGUCGGUCAUAAGAGAGCCCGAUUGACAAUGGAGGAAGAGGAUGAUGAGCAACCAAAGAAGAAGGUUAGGAUGGGAAUGCCUGCAACUCAAUGGAUCAGUGUGUACAAUGCCCGCCGGCCUAUGAAGCAAAGGUAUCACUAUAACGUUGCAGAUGGGAGGCUGGCGCAGCACAUUGAAAAAGGAAAUGCUGAUGGGCUAUUUAUCAGCAGUGUGGCUUCAUGUACAAAUCUGUGGGCUCUUAUAAUGGAUGCAGGCACUGGUUUUACUAAUCAAGUUUAUGAACUUGCACCCCAUUUUCUUCACAAAGAAUGGAUACUGGAGCAGUGGGAGAAAAAUUACUAUAUUAGUGCAAUAGCAGGAGCAAACAAUGGGAGUUCAUUAGUAGUUAUGUCUAAAGGUACACAAUAUGCUCAGCAGUCCUACAAGGUUAGUGAUUCGUUUCCAUUCAAGUGGAUAAACAAAAAAUGGAGGGAGGGCUUUUAUGUCACCUCCAUGGCCACUGCCGGAAGUAGAUGGGGAGUUGUCAUGUCCCGUAAUGCAGGAUUUUCAGAUCAGGUAGUUGAACUAGACUUUCUAUACCCUAGUGAAGGUAUUCAUCGGAGGUGGGAUAGUGGCUACCGCAUAACUGCUACUGCUGCAACAUGGGACCAGGCUGCCUUUGUUCUGAGUGUACCAAGACGAAGGCCUGCUGAUGAAACACAAGAGACGCUUCGGACCUCUGCUUUUCCAAGCACACAUGUGAAGGAAAAAUGGGCCAAAAAUCUUUAUAUUGCAUCUGUUUGCUAUGGCCGGACGGUUUCAUAAGCCUCCCAAUUUCUUUUGGGGGUUUUGCUGACAUCGAUGGAGAUUUUGCUCACUCGCGUAGUAGCCAGUUCUUAUCAUCUUGCUGCCUUGGUUGUGAGGUCAACCUCGCAUUUUGCAAAGCCAAACUGCUCGUUAUGGAAUGUGGGCUAGAGAAAUUUUGAUGUGCAAGUUUUAUUCAAUUGUUACCCAUCUCGCCUAUCAGAAACGCAGUGUGCAUUGCCACUGUCGAGUGUGUGGAGAUGCUCUUGCAAUAGUAUCAAUGAUCUAUCAAUGCCUGGAGCAAUGUUGAGCAUCCUUACUUAUUGUGAAGUUUGUAUAGUGUUGAAUAAAUGAUUACUAGAUUGAAGGCAUGCACUGUACCUUGUUUCCGAUGCUUUUUUUUUUGGCAUAGACAUGCAAUAUGACACAAAGCAUUGGAGGCAACCUUUCUAACACCCUGUUGUCUAUAUCCUUCAGAUUUGCACCAGAUUUCUUGGGGUUCAUCAUCUACUCUUGUAUCUGAUGCAAGUCUGACAAAUAUAAGCAAAAGUUUCCUAUUUUUAUGCAGUUCACUGUUAUCCGGUUCAACUAUUAUACGUUUUAUCAUAUGUUUGCUGAA